AUAAUGCAAAAAGCCAUGACGUAGAAAAUUUAAAUAUUCAUUCAAAUAUUCGAACUCAUUUCCUUCCUCCAAAUAUGACAUCUUAUUUACAACUGAUUGACCAAGGGAUCAUUUAUAGCUUAAAGGCUAAUUAUCGAAGAUUUCUAUGCCAAGAUCGGAUUGAAGCCUAUGACGCUCUUACACUUGAGAACCUGAUACCUAGCCCUCUUACUAUUCGAAAUGCAAUUGAAUUUUCUGCUGCUGCUUGGAAUUCUGUAACUGAGACUACAAUUUGUAAUAGCUGGCAAUGUGCUGGUAUACUUCCUGUUGACAAUAAUGAUAAUAAUUACAAAUUCGUAGAUUUUACC